UCUUGUGAAUUCCCCUUUGUAGUUUUAGGUGGGAGGAAGUGGAAACGUGGAGCAGGAUGGAGUCUCCUCGUGUCCUCCAGCUGUAUGGGGCCGUGAGAGAAGGACCCAAUGUGAUUCUCUUCAUGGACCUGAAAAGAGGUUCUUUAGCUCAGCUGUUGAGAGUGAAGGGUCAUCUGUCUGAAGAGCUGGCUCUGUGUUAUCAUACUCAGGUCCUGCAGGCUCUCCAGCACUUGCACAGCAGACACGUUGUACACCUGGAUGUCAAAGCUGACAACGUGUUGGUGUCUGAGGAUGGCAGACAGUGUUUCCUCUGUGAUUUUGGACUAUCUGAGACUCUCAAUCAGGAUGGAUACAGCACCAAAACCUUCAGAGGGAACAUUCUGCGUGGCACUGAGUCUCAUAUGCCGCCGGAGGUGGCGAGGGGGGAUCCUCGCUCUGCUAAAGCUGACGUCUGGAGCAGCUGCUGUAUGUUACUGCACAUGCUCAACGGACACCAGCCCUGGACGCGAUUCUACCCUCAUCCUCUCUAUCUGAAGAUUGUGAGUGAACCGCCUCCUUUAUGGGAGAUUCCACCUGACUGUGACCCGCUGACCUGUGAUGUCAUCAAAGGGGGACUGGUUAAAGAGCCGAGAGAGAGACAUUCUGCGUCAGAACUGCUGCAAAAGACUGUGAAAGCACUCAGAACAGUAUGUGGGCUCUCUGGUCCUGAGGAAUCAGCUAAUCAGCAUUCAGCAUCUGCAUUCGAAGACUGUCUGAAUGUGAACUUGCACAAGACGGCUAUCCCAUCCAUCACGGAAACUCCAGUGAAAACAAGUCCUCCUGGCUUCCCAGAAGACCUCUCAGCACCCACAAUCCACUGGGUGAGCACAUGGAGACAGACGGCGCCAGACGAGGAUGAUUCUGACUCCAUGACGGAGGAGAGCGAGUGGGAUGAAGAUGCAGAUAUGAACGGACUAAGAAGAGACAAGAUGAGCAGUAGGAUGGACAGAUACUGGGGCGAGGAGGAAAAUAACGAGAAACAAAUCUAUUCAGAAGAUGACAGAGAGCUUGACUCUAAUGAAGACACAUCACAGAUCAAUGAAGUGACAGAUCAAACAGAGGCUGAAGAAAGCAAAACGGAUUAUUUAAUUGAAAAAAGAGUUGUGUUUGGGGGAUGCGGUGAAUAUGACAGAAGUCUUUUAGAGGAAUCAGAGAGCUGGGAUGGAGAGAUCCGAAGCGUUGUGGAUGAUGAAGAGGUGGAAAGUGAUUUAGAGAGUCUUCGAGAGCUUGGCAGCGACUGGGCGCAGGAGUGGGAGCCGUUUCUACAGCUCCAGACACUUUAUUGCCCAAAAGAAGCUCAACUGCAGAGUCAAGACAGCUAUUCGGAGUCUGAAGAAGAGUCGGUCAUGCUGAGGGAGAGUGAACAAAAAGGCACAAGUUUACCUGAUUCUCAUGGACCGCAACCUUUCACCUGCACCAUCCGCUGUGACUCUGAGCAAGACCUUAGUGAUGAGGACUCUGAUGAUUUAAGCUCGGGGGUCUUUUCCUCCUGUAGCACCUCAGAUGGUCAAAGCUUCAAUGUGGAUUGGUCAGUGACAACUGAUCAGACACCUUCUUGCUACUUUGAAGGUCUUGGCGUGGAUGUAUGGGUUGAAGAUGUAAGCGGAGAGAGUUUAAAGAUCAGAGAGAGGCCACAGGUGAAAAUCGGACACAUAGCUGUGGGAAUCAGUGAACAGAUAUCUUUGAGGACCUUCAGUUUGGCCACCCUAGACGGGCGUCUGGUGUCUCCGGACACAGAAGUGUGCGAGUCGGGCGUGUGGUUGCAGUGUGUUCCUGCUCCUGACGGCAGUCCCAGCUGGGAUUGGAGGGUCAGAGACGGAAAACUGGAGCUGCGAGAAUAUGAUGAACAUUCAGAUACCUGCUCAACUGUGGCACUCUAGCAAAACUGACCAUUACAAAACAAAAAGAACUGAGCUUUAUGCAUCUCAUUCCAUUAUUUUUGAGCUUUAUGAUGCUCAAUUCAUCCAUUUGUGUAGUAACUUGUUUAUGAUUGAAUUUAAACAUUUUCAAAAUUCUCUCAAGUUGACUAAGCUUAAUCAUAAUGUUUCAAAUUGUACAAUGUAAAUUUCUUGUGUUGAUAGUUUUGUUAGGAAUACAACACUGUUUAACUUCAAUGCUAUACAUAAUAUAAACUGUAUAAAUACUUUUAUAUAAAAUACAUAAAUAUAUUUUGUGCAAGAAAACAAACGCUGCUGCUGUGCAACGUAAACUAA